CACAGGAAAGCUUCCUUAAACCCCCCUCCCUUACUAACCUUGUCUUCCUCCCUCUCUCCCUUUCCUUCCCUCUCCAGAGCAUUCGACUAUGGCUCACAGUCUGGGAGGGAAGGCCCAGGAUUUCACAUCCUGAUCGCGACCUUCCUAGGUCUUAUCUUGAUAGCACUUCUGGGGCUGGUGAUGAAAAGAGCCAUUCAGAGGAGGAAAGCCCUCUCCAGGCGGGUCCGCCGACUGGCCGUGAGGAUACGCGCCCCGGAGGCCUCCCGGCGUCCUGUUCUCCCAGAAUUGGCUAUCCUGAAGGUGUCUGAAGGUCCUUGGCUCCCAGCCCCAUCUCUAAAGACCGGCUAUGAAUAUGUGGGCUUCUACCACCAGCCUGCUGCCACGAUGGAGGACAAUGAUUCAGAUGACUACAUCAAUAUUCCCAGCCUGACUCACCUACCCAGAUGUCCCCUGGGCCCAGACCUUGGUGCCAAUGAGUCUUGUCUGUCUGUUGAUUUCUGA